AAAGGAAAGGCUACUAAGCCAGUCCCGACAAAUGUUUGUGGUACCUUGCUGUGAAUGGCUCAGCAGCAGACUCAAGGAACUGUUGUGUUUGCGAAGAACCUUAGCACGUGAGGCAUGCCAGCCCUAGGAAAGCAAAGCACCGUGCUCUGAAAGCACAGAAAUACUUUUGAAAAAUUUCCAUCCGGAGAGAGACUGUAAUAGCAGAACAGCAAAAAUGCCCUUGUUACAAUAAGAAGAAUGUCUGUCAACGCAGUGACUGAAUGAAUUUACAAGUGCCCAUCUACGUGCCGUUCCUUAUCGUGGGAUCUGUAUUUGUCGCCUUCAUCAUCCUGGGGUCCCUGGUGGCAGCUUGCUGCUGCAGAUGCCUGCGGCCCAAGCAGGAGCCCCAGCAGAGUCGCGCCCCCGCGGGCACCCGCCUGAUGGAGACGAUCCCGAUGAUCCCGAGUGCCAGCACCUCCCGGGGCUCCUCCUCCCGCCAGUCCAGCACGGCUGCCAGCUCCAGCUCCAGCGCCAACUCGGGGGCCAGAGCUCCGCCAACGAGGUCCCAGACCAACUGCUGCCUGUCAGAAGGGACCAUGAAUAACGUCUACGUCAACAUGCCCACCAACUUCUCGGUGCUGAACUGCCAGCAGGCCACGCAGAUCGUGCCGCACCAGGGCCAGUACCUGCACCCGCAGUACGUGGGCUACGCCGUGCAGCACGACUCGAUGCCGCUGACCCCCGUGCCCCCCUUCCUGGAGGGCCUGCAGAGCAGCUACAGGCAGAUCCAGUCCCCCUUCCCACACACCAACAGCGAGCAGAAGAUGUACCCGGCUGUGACUGUGUAGCGCUGACGCCUUCCCCUCCCCAUCCCCACCCAGCCAAUGUUAAUAUCUGAACUGAGCGGAGGAGAAAUACUUCCUUGGAACAAAGCUCCCAGAACACCACUUGUAAAUAAUUUUGAAAGGCUCAUGCAUGUCAGACAGUGUUUAUAAACCAUUUAUUUUCAUCGGGGUCUGUUGCCAGGAACUGUAAGGACGAUAUCUCGGAAUUAACGUUGCCAGAUACGCUCUCAUUCCAGCGCGUGAUUUACGGCGGCGAAGGAUUACUCUGGAAAUGCAUAUGUAUUUCAGAUCACUGUACUCGUGAGAUAAAUGCCAGAGCCGUUAAGUGCCCUUCAGGUAUGACAUGGUCGCAAGUAUUUGCCUAAUUAAUUCUAGGAAGAGUUUUGUUACACUGUACGAGACCGUAGUACUUCAGAAACCUCUCCGCUCCCAGCUCCAUGAUGACAUUUCCUGUUGCUUUACAGACAAUCACAACUGAGAGCUGAACAGUGCAAUCCCUGUGUGCUGGGAGCCUGUACCAGCCCCCAUGGCUUCUUACACACCAGCUUUGGGGUCAAAUGCCACCACAGACUUGGUCUUGCAAAGACCAAUUUUCUUUGUAUUAUGUAGGAAUUAGAAGAGUAAAUUAUUCUGCUCUUCUUUCUAGUGCACUUGAAACCUUCUUGAUUUGGUUUUGUGCCAAGAUCAGGACCCAGUAGUGGUUUGCAGAGACUAUCUUUGUGAACAUUUUACUAAAACCGGGGUACGAGGUGCUUGUUCUUCAUGACACUCAGCAAAGCUUUUGGUGCAGCUGGCAGUGUCUGAACUGAACCUGCCUUGGCAGACAAAGGUCAGACUGUGAUUCCAAAUAUGCCUGAUUUAACCUCACUUCCCACGAAACAGGAAGCCUGUGUGAAUGCCCAUGAAGGUGUCAGCCCAAAGCCUGCUUGCAUUGGAAUCUGCCUGUAGGAAAAUGGACUGUAUCUUGUCCCCCAUGAGACCAUUCUGAGUCCCCUGCCCUACCUCGUGGGAGUUGGCGAGUGUUACACAGAACCCAGCUGGGAUGUGAAUGGGUUGGUGAAGGUUUGAAAUCUAUCCUCUUUUAUUCUUUACCCAUGUGGCAGGGGACUAGGGAGGCACAGCUGUAUUUAAAAAUAAGGAGAAAGGCCCAACCAAGGGAGAAAGGUGUCACUCAUGGAGGUGUUGAGAGGCAGACAGAUGGGACACUGCACUGGAGCUGUUGGCUCUGUCCUGCUUUGCUUCAUCUGGGGAAAACAUCUCUCCAGGUUGAAGAGGCAACAAACAAUCACAUCAUUCUAUCACUGCAAAUGCAGCAAACUAAGGCUGGUUUUGUCUCUUUGUCUCUUUUGUCUCUAAAAGUGUAGCUACUGCAUUUCCAUCCAUUUGCUCCUCUGCCAGAACAGUGCAACAGACUUGAGGCCUUGUGCAAAACCCAAGCAAUUACUGUAACCAGAGCAGUGAUGACAAAAGGUUUCUUACUGUCUGAUACUGUACCGAUAUGUAGCAAUAACUGAUGCUGUGUUUUGUGUGUCCGUUUUUAAAUGACGCAGAAGGUGCAGACGCAUUGCCAGACCCAAUGCUUUACUCACAAACACGCCACACACAGGCAGCCUGCAGCAGGCAGCCAUGGUUUGGCCACUGACACGGGGCAAUGAAUAGGUAAUUUAUCCCGGGUCUGUUGCUCCUGGCUGGGAUGGCCCAGCCGUGUGCAGGAGCUGGACAGGAGGGUUGGUGUGUGAGACCUGGCCUCCUCUGCUGCCAGGCUGGGUGUCUCCGGGCAGGCAGCGGCUGCCGGAGCUGUGGGAUGCGGUGCUCGGGGAUCUUCAGGGCAGGUGCUCCAGAGCUGGUGCUGCCAGGCUUCUGAGGGACCCCCUGCGCUCUCUGGUCUCUGGGGUGUAGCUUUCUACCUGCCCACGCUGCAGUGGGGUCACUGAGCUGGCAUCAGGCACAGGGGCAGCUGCCUGUGCUUCCCCGGGAGCAGGAGGUGCUUGGCCCUGGCUGAGCCCUGGCCAGCCCAGCAGCUCCUCCUGUGUGCUCCUGGCUGCCCAGCUGUGAGCCAAGUCAGCUCCCCCCACUGCCUGCCUUGCACAGGCCCCGGCAAGGACACCUCCUCUGACCUACGAAAUUCAGGUGAAUCUUUGUAUAUUGUUUACUUGUUU